GGGGUCAUCACUGCACACGUUGUUUCGAGAGGGAACAUGAACUGCCUAGUUCUUGCACUUCUGUUUGCUGGUGCACUCGGGGAAAACUUUGGGCCCAAUGCUGUGUGGCAGUUCCGUAACAUGAUCAGAUGUGCUCUUCCUACCAGCCGCCCUCUCCUGGACUACAGUGAUUAUGGCUGUUACUGUGGAUUUGGAGGGUAUGGGACACCAGUGGAUGACUUGGACAGAUGCUGCCAUGUUCACGAUUACUGCUACGAGGAAGUUGGUGAUAUUGAUGAAUGCUGGCCGAUCCGUGACAAUCCUUACACAACCAUUUACAGCUAUUCUUGUUCUGGCAAGAAGAUCAUUUGCAGCUCCGAUAACGACCCCUGUGCAGAAGCUAUCUGUGAGUGUGACCGACAAGCAGCUUUGUGCUUCGCGAAAUCUCCGUAUAACGAAGACUACAAACGGCUGGACACAGAGAAAUUCUGCAACUAG